AUGUCGCUCCUGCUUGGCAAUGGUGCAGAAGUUGACGUGGCAGACGAGGAAGGAUGGACGCCUCUAAUGGUCGCGUCUGAACAGGGCCAUGAUGAAGCUGUGGCGUUACUGCUGGAGCAUGGAGCUGACCCUAACGCGCGGGACAAUGGCGAGUUCACGGCGAUCUUGCAGGCGGCCAGUGGAGGACACCCAGACAUUGUAGCUCGCCUUCUCGACGCGGGCGCUGACCCCAACGUCCAGGACGAGGCGGAUGGCUUGACUGCAAUCAGCAGGGCGGCGGAGCAGGGUAAUGCAGAUGUUAUCAAGCUACUGCUCGAACGAGGGGUUGAUCCCAACGUGGAUGACAGGAUCCUCCUCUCUGCGCUACACGGUUUCAGCAGAGACGAUAUCAGUGGCAGCCACGCAGUUAUGGAAAUGCUCGUCCAGCACGGCGCGGAUGUCUUUAUGGAUUGCUGGACGGAUGAGCGGCCUCUCGUCAUCGCUACCAGGCAGGGCCGUUUCCUUACUGUAGAGAUGUUCCUGGAAGCGAGCUGCUCUUCGAGCAGUGUCCGGCAAGAGCACAUAUGGGAAGCUAUCACGGUCGCUGCUGAGGAAGGUGAAGGAGCUAUUCUAGCGAGCUUGAUGAAGCAUUAUGAUCCGGAUGAGACUGAGAAGCAGACGCCAUGGGAAUGGGUGAAAGAGUAUCAAUUUGGCCAGUCGUACGAGCUCUUGCAACCUUACUUUGAGCCUGACGCAAAGAGCGACAAUGAUCACCACAUCACAAGAAAGAAUGUCGAGCAGAAGCUCCAAAGUUACAAAGAAAUCGCGGGUGAGUCGGACAGCAAUCAGCUGCGACCGCUGCAAGUCACGGAAGACCAAGAUGCCGAUGGCCCUUGUGAUUACUGUCGCAGUAUCGAUGAGGUCUGCUCAGUGGAUAUGGAGAAGCGGCGUCAGAAGCCCUUCUACUUCGUAUCUGAAGAGGAAUACCGCCUCCUCCGUGAGCUUUGCAGUAACUGCUUUCCGGAUGAGGAGUUAACGAUACCGAAUUUGCGACGGUUGAUUGAUGAAAACAAAAAGCCUGCGUUACAGCAGACAGAUAUUUCGACACCUACGAUGUCUCUCGUGGAAGUAUCUGCAGUAAAUCCUAUUACAGACCGUGGAGAUGAACCGUUAGAUCAAGGAGAGAUUCUUCUGCAAGAUGUUGGAAACGAUCAAGUUGAGGAAGAGGAGAUAUUACUGCCAGAGAUUGUCAAUCUCCACCAUGACCUAGGUUGUCUUCUAGCAGACGCUCACGGAGAGUAUCGUUACAUGGGAGCUGAGUCAGGCGCCAGCUUCAACAGCGCCGUGAGAUCAUGGAUGCUCAGAAUGGGUGCAGGGACAAGAAAUAAGGAGAAGGACAAGGAUAAAAUACCUGGAAUGCUCAAAGUCAGCCCGCCAUCAGUCAAGUCUCCCUUGACAGACGCAGCUUCGUCACCAGGGAAUCCAUGCCAGUUUCCAUCGCAAGAUCUUCUAUCCGCUUGUGCAGCUCGCUUCUUUGAACAAGUCCACUGCUUGUACUGGAUUUAUUCCGCAGAAUCAUUCUAUACCCGACUCGAGACAACUUACUCUGGCGACACUGGACAGCUCACUGCUUCAUGGCUUUGUUCUCUUCAUGGGAUAAUAGCCCUGUGUGCUUCAUGCGAGCCGUCGCCUAAUGGUUUGGUCAACGGGCAAAGGGCACAUGACUCAUUGGAAAUGGCCAAGUCUCUCGUGACGAGGGUUUGCGAUGAAGCAGAUCUAGACAGCAUCAGGGCAUUGAUAGUGCUAUCUUUGGCCUUCCAUUCCAACGGCUUCACUAACUCAGCAUACCUUCACAUCGGUCUCGCAGUUCGCAUUGCUUUCUCCUUGGGUCUCCAUCUGGACAAGUACUCCACCAAGAGCGGAGUAGUAAGCCAAGCGCAUGCACGUCGUCUCUGGUGGACAUUGUAUCUGCUUGAUCAAGAUCUUUCUCUUGCACUGGGAAAACCAAGCAUGAAUAGUCCAGCCAAUGAGACUUCUUGGAAACCACCUCUACCAUCGGAAUUUGUUGUCAGCCCAGGCUCACAUACGCCGAACGGAUAUCUCGAACAAUGCAUACGACUCGCUCAGAUAACACAGAGUAUACGCCAGAAUCUCUACGACGGACCCGUCCACGGUGGACAAAAGCUCUCACAGACUCACUUCAACGACGCUAUUACUGCCUUGCAAGACUGGCUAGAUCACGUACCGCCACACCUUCAUCUCUCGAACUCAGUAUCCUUAUCCUACAGACGGUCCAUAUCUCUUCUUCACCUUCGAUACUGGAGCACCAUGAUGCUCGUCACCAAGCCCUUCCUUCUGUGCAACCUGUUACAAGGUAUAGAGUAUGUUGAGACUGUCAAGCAGCCAAUCUUCGCUACACUUGCCAAGACCUGUGUGUCUGCCGCUGAAUCAUCGUUUGAGAUCCUGGAAAGUAUGGUCCUUCACAAAGUAGCUUCCAGUUUGGUGAUGGCCGAUUAUCUCUUCGCCUUGCAAGCACUUCAAGUUAUUGUUGCUGCUUGUGGAUUAUAUCACAUGGACGGUCACCAAGCUCGUGCCAAGCAAUGUCUGCGGAUCUUGCUGGCUAUCAGUGUUUCUGGCUACCCAAAGCAUCUUAUCCCAGAGACAUUAUUCCAGUUACAACAAUGCGGACUUGCUGAAGGCGUUGAAGAUACAUCCAAUAUCGUGUUGCAACCCUCAGAACCGUCAAGAUAUCCCCGAAUGGUAACUGAGUCUUUGGAAGGGAUUUCGCUGAACCACAACACUGAUCAGCUAGCGACGACGUGGUUGAAUGAGCUCGACAUGGCAGAUAUCGUUAUCGACAAUGGGUUUCUGGAUAAUCUCAUGGAUAUCUCAUCUAUCUUUCCUUUCGGGCCAUCAUGA